GCUUCUUUGAUCUUUUGUGUACGUUGGCGCUGCGUGAAUCGAGGUCUGGAUGAAGAUAACGGGUCCCCGCCAGCCGAGAAACUAAACAUCGCUGUCCUCCGUUCUUCAUGUUCAUAUGUCGUUUACAGUUAGUGUUUGCGUCCGUGUAACCGGCAGCGUUGACUUCAGGCCCGGACCAACCCGCCUCUCGUCCAUAAUCUCAAAUGGGAGCUCAGUAGCUAGCUAACUUGACGACGACGACGAUGAAGAUGAUGAUGGUGCAUCGGUGGAAUUAUCCCGGUAUCUCUGACUGAGAUGGAGCCAACGACGCUCAAGAGGAGCUGCUUGCUAGCUAGCUAGCGAGCUGACGGUGCCCGCCGGGGUACUGUGAGCCCGAGCAGCCCUGGAUCACGAGAGCUAAAUGGGCGCUGCUGCGGUUCAUUGUAACGUUAUCGGACUACGCUUCCAUCCCCGUCCCCGGAUUUGAGAGAGGCCGACCAUGUCGGCUGGCAAAUGAUGCUAACGUAACCGUUUAGGGUUAGCUGCACGUGACACCGUUUAUCUCGUUUCAACAAUUAGACACAUCCCGUCCCCUGGGUGCUUCAGUUACAUUAAUUAGACGGUGUGCAUCAGGAUGGCACAGCUCCUGGACGGAGCCGGCACACUGGGCUGGGUCCUGCUCAAGUCUGUGAUGCGUUUUGCGUUCAUGAUUUUCAACAACUGUGUCGCCAUCCCAUCCUACUGCUUGUACAUGGUGCUUCUCCAGCCGCUCAGAAUAUGGGACAGCUCCACUUUCUGGCACGUUGAAGGAAUCAUGUUCAAAUGGUUGCUGUCCAUGGUGUCUUCAUGGGGCUGGAUCGCAGGUUAUACAGUAACAGAGUGGGGCGACGACGUACGGCCCAUCUCUGAAGAAGAAGCCAUGGUCAUCGUCAACCACCAAUCCACAGGAGAUGUGUGCACCCUCAUGAUGUGCCUGCAAGACAAGGGCAUGGUGAUACAAAAAAUGAUGUGGUUGAUGGACCAUGUGUUCAAAUACACCAACUUUGGCCUAGUGUCCCUGAUUCAUGGGGACUUCUUCAUCAGACAGGGUAAAGCUCACCGAGACAAGCAGCUGAUUUACCUGAAAGAUCAUCUAGAGAAAUACUACCACAGCCGCAACAGGAAGUGGAUAGUGCUGUUCCCAGAGGGUGGCUUCCUGCGCAAGCGGCGGGAAACCAGCCAGCUGUUUGCCAAGAAGCAUUCUCUCCCCCACUUGACCCACGUCACGUUGCCACGUCUCGGGGCCACCCACGUUAUUCUGAAAACCCUAUCAGCCCAGCAGGAGAACGGCAGCGUGGGCAACGAGACAGGGACCACGAACCAGACGGGUAAUAAACGUAAAGGCCUGCAGUGGGUAAUAGACGUGACCAUAGCUUACCCCAAAGCAAGACCCAUGGACAUCCAGACCUGGAUCUUUGGCUACAGACCUCCUACAGUCACACAUGUACACUACAGGAUGUACCCAAUAAAAGAGGUUCCCGUGGAGGCGGAGGCCCUGACUGACUGGCUGUACCAGAGGUUUGUGGAGAAAGAAGAGUUGCUGACCCACUUCUACAACACAGGAUCAUUCCCCUCUCAAGACGGACAGAAGGAGGCGGUUUCCCGGCAGAUGACCCUGGACCCCAUGUGGCUGUGCAUUAUCCAGUCGUUUGCGUUCGCCUCCGGCUACGUUUGGUACAGCGUCCUCCAGUACCUCUACUGCUGUUUAUUUUGAGUGCGCUGAUGAGGCGAGAGUCUUUAUUGGACCACUGGAAAAGCCUCAGGAUCAGUUGGUGUGUGUGGCCCAGUGUCAUACCUGCCCCCUACGAUGGAUGAAUGUACAUUUACAACAGUGGAGAGACUUAACAGGAAUCAAAAAAACAUAUGAAGAACACAAACACACAGAAUGCAAAUACCAAUACAAUAGGAAACUGGUCACAGGAAUAGCUAACUUGCACACAGCCCUAACACCACACACUCACUCCAACGGCCGAGCAGAAUAAUCUCUCGCACUCGUCAAGACACACAUUUCGAUGUUUACACGUCCUCAUACACGUAGACGCUCACAGGUACGUCACUUUUUAUUCGAAGUGAACGAAAUGAGGCUGAGGACUCCUCCAGAGGACGCUCUGGACCGGACUCUCUCUGUUCCCCUCCUAGGCUUUCGCCAUAGUAGUUUUACAGAAUAUAAAGUGUGUAUGGACGCGUGUGUGAGUGAAUAUAUGUGACUAGAAGCAUAAUGUCUGCCCUUACUCUUCCUGGCGAGAGUUGAUGAAGCCUACUGGACCUCUUUCAGCUGCUACUAGCCGGCUGGCCACACCUUCCAGAGCGAGCGGCUGUAUGAACGAUGAGGCUGUGCAGCCCGCUGCUCCUCUGGCCUUCAUUGCACUAAGGAUCCAUACUGCCCUAACUGCUCCCUCUCCCAGGAAAUAUUCCUGUGCGGUAGCUGUCGAUGUUUUCAUUUCUUUGGUUUUCUUCCCUUAACCUGCAUAUCUCCACAACAACGGCCAAUUUAUUUCCCGUUUCUCCCUGUUGAGGCAGUAUUCUGAGCUCACUGAAAAAGGAGGAUGAUGUUUACACUGGCAGCCCUGCUGAAAGCCUAAAGGAAUGGUGGCUAUGACGCAGCUUUUGAUUUAAGGAUUGUUUCUUUGUCGGACGUUGAAGGGAGGAAGAGGAGACAGUGCCGAAGUGCUUAUUUAAAAAAAAAAAAGUAAAAAAAGGGAGGAAGGAAAAAAAAGAUGGCGGCACAUAGAGCAAGAAUUGCAGUCUGGUCACCUAAAGAGUAACUCUCCCGUUGUGGAUUGCCCGGUUUCAUGCUCUGCUCUCUGACAUUCAUACACACACACUUACACAAACAUGUGCACACACGGCCAUGUGCAGCUACACACAGCAGAGUCGACAUCUGUCGUGAAGGAUCAUCUCAGCAAGCCAGACUGAGAAGGCAGAGACUCUAAUUCCCCCAUUGGACUACAUAGUUUUACAAAUAUUUAAGCCAUAUGCUUUGUGUCGUCAAGUGGGAAAAAAAUCUGAUUUCUAUAGAAAGCUACCCUAAUGUUCAGCAUUCUAAAAUGGAGAUUUUGGCUUACAGAACUAUAGGUGUCAUUACUGUACAUUUACAGCAUAACCUGCCUAAGUGAGUGUGUGUGGUUGUCCUACCCCCCCCCCCUCCCUUUUUUGAUAUUUAUGAUUCAUGUCGUGUUGCUCUGUGAUAUCGGAGUGUGGCGGCAAUUUCCCCAGUGGUCAAAUUUUUAUUUCAUUUUUAAAUUACAUGAAACUGUCGUCCUCAUGUCAUGGUAUGUUUAAAUCUUGUACAUAACAAAGCCAAGAAAGAGUUUUCAUUGUUGGAAAUGACGGCAGCGUUUCUCUCUUUUGUUCUGCGAUAACUUCAGAGAAUUUUAGUUAAGAUCAAUGUUUUUAAAAAGAAGAAGAAAGCAAGGAUUUCCCCUUAAUUUCUGUUUUUUAUUUGUUUGUUUGUGUUGAGUCCCUGACAGGAAGUUGUUGCGUGCUUCAAGGCAUUAGAGCUACUGUACGUCCGUGUGCUGGCUGACACAACGUUUGCACAGCGACACAUGGGCCCAGUUCCAAACUUGUACCAUUGUACAUUUUUAACUCAUCAGGAUUUAGUGGAACACCUUGAAUAUCAAGUCUUACCUGAUGUCCUGGUGGACCACAAUCCCAAAUAAUGCUGUUUCUUCACACUUCAAACGUUUGUUUAAAGGACAGCGUCUUGGUGUCGAGCUAAAACUGGGCCAGUGAGGAAGAGAUCGCUCUUCACUUAACGAGGGAAACUCUGGCAGGGCCCUGCAAUGACGCAGCUGUUCUCUCUCAAGUACACUUGUGUAGUGCUUUUGAGGUCCAUUAUAUGUAAUUUGCUUAGCCUGCUUGAAUUAGGAAAAUUAUAGAGGAGCGGCCAUUAUUAUCGUCAUAAACGAAUGCAUAAAAUGUGCAUUUGAGUAGUUCACAUCUCCGUGUGCCACUGUUAGUAGAAACUGUGUGAAAUGGAGAAAAAAAGGGUGACCGACUGGGUAGGAAAAACACGUCUUAAAUCAGGCUGUAAAUGCGAUUCAUCCAGUGGCCCUUUCAGAGUCCCUCCACCGUGAGAGUGACUUGAAAUAAAGUUUAAUUUUUCUUUUUCUCCACUUUUUCACUUCUUUAUUUGAACAUUUAUUUUCUGACCAUGUUUCCAAAGAAGGCAGGGAAAUUAUGUUUUCCUAGAUGUGGUUUUAGGAAAUAAACACAAUAGGGAUUUAAACAAAUUAUAUUAGAGCUGUCUGUAAUUUUCCAUUUUGUACUUCUCCUUUAAUUCCUAGCUACACAGACAUUUUACAACACAAAAGACUUGUGCUGGAAUAAAACAUCAUAAAGAA